UGAGGCACGUUCGGCAGCUAGACCGAAAUAUAGUGCUGAAUGAAAUGUCGCAAAUACCGCCGAAACGUUACCGGCAGUAUCUGCAGCCUGGAUCGAGCAGUCAAGUCCCAAGGCAAACUCGGAAGUACGUGUCGAAAAGGAUCACCAAACUUGCCGCCGCUACUACUAAGAACACGCCAGCCAACCUGCACAGCCCUUCCACAGAUGCCACUUGUGGCAUUAGUACUCAAGACCACAGUGAUGAUUUAAGGCAACCGAGCUCCAGCCUUGCAGAAAUAUGUGCUGGUCCAAAUAUGAGUGCAAUUGCAGGUUCUUCGGAAGAGGAGGAAACUGGCCAAGCUAUGAGUGCAGCAAUUGCAACUUCUUUGGAAGAGGAGGAAACUGGCCAAGCUACAAGUGAAACCGAUGUUUCGUGUGAUGAAGAUGCAACAAGCUUCAGCGGGAGUGAGCUCAAUUUUGCUGCAGAGUUGAGCUCCGAUAGUGAUCCUGUUCAAGAAACAGAUGAAAUGGACAGUGAUGAUGAAGGAAGUGAACAGAUGCAUGAUGCCGAAGGAAGUGCGAGUGAAGCUGCAGGAGAUGAUGAUUUCAUUAAAUAUUUUGAAAAACUCGCACAGGAAACCCUACCUUAUCAGGCGACAACAAAAGCACAAGCUUUCCUGCUAGUGCUUACAUACAUUGUCACUGCAGGACUUACAUGGGCACAAGUUCAAGGACUUUUAACUCUGAUCAAUGCCUUGUUUGGGGAAAAAGUCGUGCCAUGCACUACCUACUCCCUGAGAAAGCUGUGGAAGAGCAAAAAAGAAGCGUUGAGGGUGCACUUAUAUUGUCAAGCCUGCCAUAACUACCUCGGACUUUCUUGUGAUGCCAAAAACAAGUCCAGUGUCACCUGUGCUUCAUGUGGUGCAGAAAAGAAGCUUCAAGAGUUAAUGAGUUCCGGGAGUUUCUUUUUAAUGUUUAACUUGAAGCAGCAGUUGCUGGAACUCUUGAAACAAGUUGGCAGAACCCUCCACACCAACUUGCAGAAACUGUCAUCGGGGCCUCUCGUGCCAGGCGUUUUUGUUGACAUCACCGACGGAAGUUUGUAUCGAAGUGUACGAAAGCAGUUAAACAUGGCCUGGAGUGACAUCACAUUGACCUUCAACAGUGAUGGGGCACCUGUGUUUAAUUCCAGCAAGAGCACAAUUUGGCCAGUUCAAGUGAUGAUAAAUGAGCUUCCAGUCUUGAUGCGGUGGCAAAAUGUGCUCGUCUCAGGGCUAUGGUUCUCAAAGACUCACCCACCGAUGCAUCUCUUCUUGACAAAGUUUGUUGAAGAAGUUACCAAUGUUGGAACUCUAGUGUGGUCUCAUGCUGGAAGGACCGUGAGAUCAGCAGUACACGCAGUUGCUUGUUGUGUGGACUCUCCGGCAAGGGCAGCUAUCUUAAACAGCAAGCAGUUUAAUGGAUACUUUGGGUGCAGCUGGUGCUUGCAGCAAGGUGAAGUUAUUGAUGGCACACUGAAGUACCCAUUUUGCAACCAAGUGCCUGACAGGACGCACAGUGGUGUAUUGAAAGCAAUGGUGCAAGCGGUGCAGAAGAAGGAACCAGUGUUUGGCAUCAAAGGUCCGUCUACACUGAUCAAGCUGCAAGGCUUUGAUCUCGUUUGGGGGCUGCCUCCCGACUACAUGCACUGCGUCUUGGAAGGUGUGACCAAACAGGUUACUGAAAUGUGGUUGUCAGCUACUGGUUCCACAUGGUAUAUUGGGAGGCACUUGAAACUAAUCGAUUCCAGGUUGCUCUCGAUAAAGCCACCAAUAAUCUUUUCAAGAUCGGGACGGCCUUUGUCAGAGCGUGCAUUUUGGAAGGCUACAGAGUGGCGCUCUUGGCUUCUAUUUUACAGCCUUCCAUGUGUCUCUGACAUAUUGCCACGACCUUAUCUGACACAUUUCACACAUUUUGCAAAGGCCGUGUUUCUUUUAUUGAAGUAUGUUGUUCUGGAAAGUGAAAUUUGUGCUGCUGAGAAGUCUCUCUUAACAUUUGUUCAGCAGAUGGCCACGCUUUAUGGGCAGAAUGCAAUGACUUUUAAUGUGCAUCAAUUAUUGCACCUCACAAGGUCAACACGAAUGUUUGGCCCCUUGUGGGCUACAUCAACAUUUCCAUUCGAAGAUGGAAUUGGCAAGGCACUGCAGCUUGUGACAGCUGCUAAAUAUGUGCCUGCACAGAUUGCUGAACGGUGCAUCAUGCACCAAACCUUGAGAACAGUUUCAAUGCAUAUGGAGCUUUCACCCAGUUUUUUGUCUGCCAAAAAAGAGCUAGAACAUAGCUAUAGGAGAUGCUCUCAGACAUGUGUUCUUGGACAGGCACAGCCAGUUCUUGAUAUGCCAGAGGUUCUAAAAGGGCUUUUUGUUUCUAGAUUUGGUAACGUUCCAGAAGUGUCCAAGUAUUUUAGAGCCCAGGUUGGCACCAUGAUUAUUCAUAGUUCAGAGUAUUGUGUGCCAAGCAAAACUUGCUCUUGCUAUGUUAAAAUGUCUGAUGGAAUGUACUGCUUUGUUCUAGGGAUUUAUGCGAAGGUAGGCAUUAUGUACUUUCAUUGUCAGCAGUUGAUCACCACACCAUGUGCAUUUGAUGUGUUGCACAUAUUAGAGUGCCAGCUUCCACCUACUUCUGUGAAUAAUUUCUUGUAUUGUUGUGAUGAAGUGUCUUUGCAAUGUGUCUUUUUUAGUGUGUGUAAUAAGUCAUACUUGUGCGAGUUGCCUAAUAGGCUGGAAAAAAAUUAGUAGCCACUUGGCCAUGCAGCAGCCAAAUUCACUGGCAGGCCAUGCAUGUUCUGUAAACAUUCCUUGAAAGGGACACUAAAAUGAAACAUGAAAUCAGCUUAGACAGAUAAAGA